AUGAUUAUAUUCCGUAGCUUCUUUUUGACAAUAUUGGCUUCCAGCUCUCUAGUAUUUUCGGUUCCUCAGGAUAGUAUCACUGAAGAAAACUUAGACAGUGUGUUGAACUCCCAAAAUAAACAAAAUGAUGACACUGUUAUUAAUAGUGUGGUCAGUCAAUUGAACCAAACCCUAUCGAGUAAUGACAAAUGCAAUAGUUGUGUCGAAAGGUUACUUAUUGGUAAGACACUAGCAAAUACAAGACCAGAUCUUGUCUCCUCGGCAUUCACUAAAUGGUGUUUGGAAGCUAAAGGAUUAAGCAAAUCUACUUGUAUUGAAAAAUAUGGUCUUUCUACUGUUUACAAUAGUAGUCAAGGUGCAAAUUUUGCGGAUAUGUUAGUCGAGAUUAAUCCACUAGCCUAUGAAGGUCAAUUAUAUUGUUAUUAUAAAGAAAGCAAAAGUUGUCCAAAACCUGCUACUCCAAACAUCACCGUAUCUCAUAUGUGGCCACCAAAGAGUCCACAGCAUAUGGUUGCUCCUGAACCGGGUAUGAAUGGUACAUUCAAUGUUCUACAUAUCUCUGAUCUACAUAUUGAGCUAGAUUAUAGCGUUGGUAGUGAAACUAAUUGUACUGAUACUAUUUGUUGUACUCCAUUCUCUAAGAACUCUGUUAAGCAAAAUGAAACAUCGAGUUAUAAUGGUUACUGGAAUUCUUUCUUUAACUCGUCAUAUAAUGAAGAUUUUUCAUUUUCAAAAGGUGAUUUAAUUAAUGUUUUUGAUAACUCUUCAAUUUUUGCACCAGCAACCUCUUUUGGUAAUUACGAGUGUGAUUCCCCUGAACUUUUAAUCAACGCUUCCUUAAACAGUGUCAUAAACUACACGAAUCAACAAAAUAUUACCUUUGAUUUCUCACUUUUUACAGGUGAUAUGGUCGACCACGAUGCUGCAGAACGUAUAUCCCUUGAAACUACUAUCCAGUCAGAAGAAUAUAUCUUUAGGGAUAUAAAAUCAAGAUUGGGAUCUAUUCCUGUUUUCCCUGUUCUAGGUAACCAUGACACAUUUCCUUAUGCUGAAUUAGCCCCAGAACAAUACAGUUACUCUAAUAAAUUCACAUGGAAUGCAGAGCUCAUGGCGGAUAUUUGGGAGGACUAUGGUUGGGUUACACCUGAAGCAGCUCAAUAUGCGAGAAAGCAUUACACAGGAUAUGCAGUUGAAACUAGGCUUGGAUUAAAGGUUAUUUCUUUAAAUUCCAAUACAUGGUACUUGAAAAAUACCUAUUCUUAUUUGAAUGCUACUCAACCUGAUAAUUUUGGUCAAUUUGAAUUUUUAAUAGAAGAAUUACUGGCUAGUGAAGCGAAAAAUCAAAGAGUAUGGAUUACGGCACAUAUUCCACCUGCUAGUGCUGGUUUACCAAUACCAGCCAAUAUCCUUGCGGAGAUUAUUGAAAGAUUUUCUCCUUCUACCAUAGCAGGUAUUUUCUUUGGGCAUACACACGAAGAUCAAUUCCAAAUCCUAUAUGCAGGUUCAGGUAACGACACCAAAACUAUCAACAAUGUCAUCAACAAUGCUUUCAUUGGUCCAUCUAUCACCCCAUGGGGUGGUAUUAACCCAUCCUGGAGAUAUUAUGAAGUCGACAAGACCACUUUCUCUGUUAUGAAUGUGCACAAUUUCUAUACUCCUUUGAAUGAGACAUACACUAACAAUGGUCACGAACCACAAUGGAAACAUGAGUAUGCUGCUAGAAAUGCUUAUAAUGUGUCAUGGCCUGCCACUUCUCCGCUAAAUGGUACUUUCUGGCAUUUAGUUGCUGAACAAGUGAAGGACUCUGUGGAUGUUAGACAGCUCUAUGAACGUUACGCCAAAAGAUUAUCUCCAUAUGUUUCUAACUGUUACAAUUCUACUGAUUGUGACGGUGAUUAUUGUUUCUUAUCAACUUUCAGAGUUGAUGACUAUGACAGUUGUAUGGCAGCUUUACCUAAAUAA